UUUCCUUUUACGUCACCACAUCCGCGUUCAAAGUCACAGUCGACGUUUUCACUUCUUUUUAUUAUUUUUUGAAUUUGUCGGCUACUUGAACAUAAUAAUAGAAUUGUUUUCUUAGAUAAUGGAAGUACAUUGGCAUGACUGUCUAUUGUCAUCCCUCAGUGUGAACUAAAGCACAAGAGUCGCAAUAGUUGUACGUAUGUGGUAGUAUUGUUUGUAGCCAUGUACACGUUAUUAUCAGGCUUGUAUAAAUACAUGUUCCAAAAGGACGAAUACUGCAUUUUAAUCCUGGGACUGGAUAACGCUGGGAAGACGACUUUUCUGGAACAAACCAAAACAAAGUUCAGCAAGAACUACAAGGGGAUGAAUUUGUCCAAGAUCACAACCACGGUUGGGCUGAACAUUGGUACAAUUGAUGUGGGGAAAGCGCGUCUCAUGUUCUGGGAUCUGGGAGGCCAAGAAGAGCUUCAGUCUCUGUGGGACAAAUACUAUGCAGAGUCGCAUGGAGUUAUCUACGUCAUCGACUCCACUGAUGAAGCACGUCUUUCUGAAUCCAAGGACGCCUUUGAGAAGAUGAUCAGCAGUGAGGUGUUAGAAGGGGUUCCCCUGCUGGUUCUGGCCAACAAACAAGACGUAGCGAACUGUUUGUCAGUGGCUGACAUCAAAACAUCCUUCAGUGACUGCGCACCAAAGAUUGGCAAGCGAGAUUGUCUGGUCCAGCCAUGUACAGCCCUCACGGGGGAUGGAGUGAAUGACGGCAUUGAGUGGAUGGUGAAAUGUGUCAUCAGGAACAUUCACCGACCCCCCCGACAGAAGGACAUCACAUAGACAAGACCCCUCUCAGCACCAUUUGGACCUUCUCAUCAAGAAUAUGACUGGCAAGCUCUGACUCAGGGUGUGUUCACACAAAAUGUCAAAAAAAGACUUUAGUCUGGUUUGCGUUCACACUUUUUGUCAGCGGACCAAAUACUGCUCAGUCAAAACAAGUCAGGCCUCCACUGGACGAUGUAUGUGAGGUCCCACCUCACAUGACGUCUUCACAUACACUCAGAGGACUUUUCUUUGAACAGCAGAGGGAGACCCAUCUCUCAGGUGGUCUGCCCCCACCCCAAUCGCCCCCUCGGCCCUGGAUGUGCGUUCACACUUGACCAAAUGAACCGUACUAACACAGCAAAUGAACUCUAGUCUGUUUUAACUGAACACACCCCAAAUUUCUUCUGUCUGCAUUAUGUCAUCCUUAGGGAACGUCUGACUCUUUUUAGGAUAUUAACAUCUUUCUCACCAUUUUGAAAGCUCAUUUUGCUACAGAUAAUCGUCAUUGAUCCUUCACUUGGAAGAAUUCCAUAUCAUUGCAUUGUGCUUCAGACUCAAUAAAAAGUACAAUAGUUGUCUUAAAGGGAGUGUAUGCAACGGUUCCGAGAGGUACCAAUAGCACUAUAUCCCGCCUCUUCCUGCUUUGACGAUGUAGGACGUAAUGGGCGCACUAGUUAUGUUUGGUGGUCAUGAUAGCGAUUUGGCAAAGUUUAGCUACUAGAUAAAUGACUCCAAAUUGUUGGUCUGUUUUCUGACACUACUUUUGUGUGUUUGUGUGUGUGUGUGCAUGCGUUUGCGCUACGGACAUAUACUGUACGUGUCUACCAGACAGCGUGGGCCAAACAAACAAGUACAGUAAUCUCCCAUUUACAGUAUGGCGGUUAAUCAGUUCCAGACCCGACCGUGGUAGGUUAAUUUAUUUAUAAAUGUAACAUUUUUGUAGUUAGAGCAUAGAAAACCUGUUUAUGACCUUCUAAAUAGAGUUUUUAAGAUUAUUAGAGCCCUAUGGACAUUAAAUAACACCCCUAUAGUCAGCCUUACACUCCGAUUACCCAAUACUGUGUACAUAAUAGAAAAUAAUACAUAAUAUAGACUCACACUUCUUGGCAUUGGAAGAGUUUUGUUGUUUUUCUUCCUACCUGUUCUGUACAGUACUUCCUGCAGCGGCUAUUGUCUCACUACUGUAACAUCACUGACAUCUAAUGACCAGUGUCUUUGAAUGCGUCUUCUUAAUGUCUUAUAUUUGUAUAUUUUUAUGUGUGAAAUACUUAAUUUAGGCAAAAAAGUACAAUUUGCUUAAAUGUAUCAGUAAGCAAGCAUGAUGUCAUGUUUGUAUCCUUCCAAGUGCUGGAAUCUCACUUCCACGUAUUCGUUUUUGUCUAUGACCUCUCAACUUGUGGAAAUCGUCAAAAAAUAAAUUAUUCAAUUCGGUCACUUUUCCU